AUGCAGGGAUCGUCAUCAAUAUCGGCAAUUACACCAUCUACUGCGUCGCUACUGUUGAAAGAAAGGCAGAUCGUAGAUGCUUUUGCUCCAGAACGCUGGGGACUGUUCUUUGAAGAACUGCUUGAGUGCCUUUCUGAUGUCGUCGUACGUUUGGAAGUCUUGACCAUCCAGAUGACGCUGGAGAUAGGAAAAAAGACUGAUGAUCUCUAG